AGCACUACGGUCCUCUUCCUCCCUGUGUCUAUUCCUCUGCUCUUUCCCUUUCUCUGCUUUCUUCAACCUUUUGAAAAAAAAAAUGACCCGUUUCAAACAAUUUCUAGCAAGAUUUGCCGAUUCCGGCAAUCAAAAUUCAACCUCCAAAAAACACAAGAAAAUUUUCUUGGCUAUUUUUGGGUCCCUGUUAAUUGUUGCUGCCAUAAUUGGCAUUGUUACCGGAGUGAAUUCCAAGAAGAAUUCUGGCAAAGAAGAUGAUGUCUCGUCAUCACAUGCCAUAAUAAAAGCAUCCUGCAGUAGCACUCUGUACCGUGACUAUUGCUUCUCCACCAUCACCGCCGCCGCCCCCACCAAGAAGCUCAAAAGCCAGAAGGAUGUCAUCGAGGCGUCGCUUAACAUCACCACCAACGCCGUAGAAAAAAACUACUUUCAAAUAGAGAAGUUGUUGUCCCACAAGGGCCUGACCAAACGGGAAAAAGGUGCCCUCCAUGACUGCCUGGAGACGAUCGAUGAAACUCUUGACGAGUUACGGGAAGCCAGGGAGGAUCUGGAGAAGUACCCCAAAUUGAAAUCGCUAACGCAGCAUGCCGAUGACCUCAAGACGCUAAUGAGCGCCGCCAUGACCAACCAGGAGACUUGCCUUGAUGGUUUCUCCCAUGGAGAUGCCGACAGGCACGUCCGUCAGGCACUCCUCGACGGUCAGGAGCACGUGGAAAAAAUGUGUAGUAUCGCGCUGGCGAUGAUCAAGAACAUGACAGACACAGACAUUGCGAACGAGCUCAAGGCAACAGCAACAUCGAACCGGAAACUAAAUGAAGAGCAUGCAGAUGGCAUUGCGUGGCCGAAGUGGAUGUCGGUUGGUGACAGGAGGCUGCUGCAAUCACCAUCAUUGACACCUGAUGUGGUGGUAGCGAAAGAUGGAAGUGGGAAUUUCAAAACAAUAACAGAGGCGGUGGCGCGUGCGCCAGUACAUAGCAAGAAAAGGUACAUCAUUAAGAUCAAGGCUGGCGUGUACAGGGAGAACGUGGACGUGCCAAAGAAGAAGACUAACAUAAUGUUCUGGGGAGAUGGAAGGACCAAAACUAUCAUCACCGGAAGCCAGAAUGUCGUCGACGGCAGCACCACGUUCAAAUCCGCAACAGUUGCUGUAGUGGGUGAAAGGUUCAUAGCCCGUGACUUAACCUUCCAGAACACCGCCGGCCCGUCGAAGCACCAAGCCGUUGCCCUCCGCGUCGGCUCUGAUCUCUCAGCAUUUUACCAAUGUGACAUUCUGGCUUACCAAGACACCCUCUAUGUUCACUCCAACCGCCAAUUCUACAUCAACUGCCUCAUCACCGGUACGGUGGAUUUCAUAUUCGGCAACGCCGCCGCGGUUUUCCAGGAUUGCGACAUCCACGCUCGCCGACCCGGUCCCGGACAGAAAAAUAUGGUCACGGCCCACGGGAGAACCGACCCAAAUCAGAACACUGGAAUCGUCAUCCAGAAAUGCAGAAUCGGCGCCACUUCUGAUUUACAACUCGUAAGAAGCAGCUUCGGGACUUACUUGGGCCGGCCGUGGAAGCACUAUUCGAGGACCAUCAUAAUGCAAUCCACGAUCAGCGAUGUCAUCCAUCCGGCAGGAUGGCACGAGUGGAGCGGGGACUUUGCACUGAAUACUUUGUUUUACGGGGAGUAUCAGAAUACAGGGGCUGGCGCUGGGACAUCCGGGAGAGUCAAAUGGAAAGGGCACAAAGUGAUCACCACUCCCACUGAGGCUGAAGGGUUCACUCCCGGCAAGUUUAUCAGCGGCGGCAGCUGGUUGCACUCAACAGGGUUCCCGUUCAAGCUUGGGCUAAAUUAAUUCAGUUCGAAGCAACUGAUGUGAUUUGGUGUGUAUCUCUGUAGAAUCGUAGUCUAGGUUUGCUUAAUUUGAUGAGUGUAUUUGCAUCGCUGUGGUCACCAGUUCUGUUUGUUACCCAAGCUACCCUGUAAGAGUGCGGUGAGGUUUUCUUAAGAUGGGUCUGAUUAUUUAUUCCUGUCCAGAACAAAUUGGCUAUUGGGCUUUCAACUUCACAAAAGGCUGAUGUUGGGCUGGUAACUCUAAGCGGCCUGACUCCUAAAGUCCUAAAAUGGAUCAAAAAUGAACUAGUGACUCCAAGGGAUGUUUUAACGAAUAAAAGUUUUAGGACUGUAAGUUUAUUGAAAUAGGUAGUGAGAAAUUUAGAG